GUUGAAUAUAGAAGGACAUUGGGUAAGUCAAAGAUAGAAUUCUCACUUCCUUAUAUGCUUGGUUAAAUUAACGUUGAGCUAGUGAGUUGACAGUUACUUCAAAUAUGGGUAACUGCCUGGUGAAUGAGGGAGUUUCCAUCUUUGUGAUUCUAGUGUGGCUUGGAAUAAAUGCAUUUCUCUUCGUUCAUUACUUUUUUGUCUAUGAAGAUGGACAAAAGUUCUAUUACACACGAGAGCUUGGUUGGUCUGCUCUGGCAUGGGCUCGCGCACCUGCUGCGUGUUUGAACUUUAAUUGCAUGCUGAUCCUGCUGCCAGUCUGUCGAAAUCUGUUAUCAUUCAUGCGAGGAUCCUGUGGGUGUUGCAGACGCACUCUCAGAAGACAACUGGACAGAAACAUCUCCUUUCACAAACUAGUAGCGUACAUGAUUGCUCUGCAUACAGCCAUUCACAUCAUUGCACACUUGUUCAACUUUGAGCGGUUUAUGGACAGCCAGCUGGGUAAAAGUGGACGACUCAACACUAUCUUAUCUGAACUGGGAGGCAAUGAAGGUUACCUGAAUCCAAUUCGAUCCAACACUACGAAUCCUACUGAGAUGGCAUUCGUAACGAUAGCAGGGCUGAGUGGGAUAGCCAUCACUCUGGCUCUGAUACUUAUGAUAACAUCGUCAACAGAAAUUAUCAGGCGAUUGUACUUUGAGGUCUUCUGGUACACCCACCACCUGUUUGUGGUCUUCUUUGCUGGGCUGGUGAUUCAUGGAGUUGGGCAAAUUGUUCGCGGUCAAACAAAUGCAAGUCUGAGGGAGCAUAAUGCCACUUACUGCAAGGACAAAUAUGCUGAGUGGGGAACUGACCCAAACUGCCCUCUGCCUAAGUUUUCAGGGAAUCCACCAAUGACAUGGAAAUGGGUGGUUGGUCCGAUGGCUCUGUACGUCUGUGAGAGAUUUGUGCGGUUCUGGAGAUCUCAGCAGAAGGUUGUCAUUACUAAGGUUGUUACUCAUCCCUCCAAAGUGCUGGAGCUACAGAUGAAAAAACGAGGCUUUAAGAUGGAGGUCGGCCAGUACAUUUUUGUCCAGUGCUCGAAGAUUUCAAGCCUGGAGUGGCAUCCUUUCACACUGACCUCGUCCCCAGAGGAAGACCACUUCAGCAUCCAUGUGACGAGUGGAGACUGGACAGACAGUCUGUUCAAAGUAUGUGGUGGAGCAAAGGAAUUCCAAGAGGCAUGGAAACUCCCCGGUGGUAUUGCAGUUGACGGCCCUUUUGGCACUGCCAGUGAAGACGUCUUUCUGUACGAAACCGCUGUUCUAGUUGGAGCAGGGAUUGGAGUAACUCCCUUUGCAUCUAUUCUCAAAUCUGUCUGGUACAAGUACACUCACUCUGAUCCAAAUCUGAAACUGCAAAAGAUCUAUUUCUACUGGCUCUGCCGAGAAACCAGUGCUUUUGAAUGGUUUGCUGACCUCCUUCAGUCCCUCGAGUCUCAAAUGCUUGAAAGAGGCAAUUCCAAUUUCUUGAGCUACAACAUUUAUCUCACUGGAUGGGAUGAAAACCAGGCAACUCACUUUGCCAUGCACCAUGAAGCCCAAACAGAUGUCAUCACAGGACUCAAGCAAAAGACGUUGUAUGGGAGACCAAACUGGGAGAUCGAAUUCAAAAACAUUGCAACCAAGCAUCCAAGCACCAAUGUGGGAGUCUUCCUCUGUGGGCCAGCAUCUCUAGCCAAAACCCUAAAUAGGAUGAGCAUUGCCCAUUCAUCUGGUGAUCCAAGAGGAGUACAUUUUAUCUUUAACAAGGAAAACUUUUAAGUUCUGGCACCAAAAUAUUACUUCUGAAUUCAGAGCAGGUUUUAACCUCUAGCAAUGGACCUCACCAAAUGGCAAGACAUGAGGACCACACAUCUAUAUUGACGAGUUUUUCAUCAGUUUCUUAAAAUAGCUCAUAUCUAAUCUUUUUGUUUGUUUUAUGCUUGUGUUGUAUCCCGUACCAAAGGCUUUGGCAUCAUAGUUCCAGAAUCGUCAUUAUCUCUAUAUAACCUACGUGGAAAAAAAAUACAACUUUAAGAUAUUUAUCUACUCUUAACUGUGUCAUAAACAUGGACUCAUGGUCUUGUGAAAUACUGUGUGAGAGAAUGGAAUUCAAUUGAUUAUAGUUUGUGGAUUUGAAGUAUGCUGUACAUUUAUUCGGGCUUUCAUUGUCUGUAGAAAUUUGUGGAUCUUUAGAUCAAUUCAACCCAGAUAGGAAUCCCAUGUUCUUAGUUCUCCUGGAUGCUAGUUUCUGAUUCUUCAUGCCCUCAUGUGGGGCAACUCAAUCAAUAGGACAGAAUGGAAAUUCCAUCACAUCAUGCCCAUUUCCGAUACAGUAUCAACAAUCUUCAAAGAACAUAACCUAAGUGCACUCUUCUUGUGCACUUUAAGCAGGUGACAUAAGCAAUAUUCCUGAUAUUCAUCUAAUAUUUAUUCAUAUAAAUCUGCCCCUCAAAUCUGAGCCCUGUUUCGAGAGGGAAAUCAUUUCGGGUGAUGGAGAUGUACAUGAAGUCCACUUUGUAUCAUAUCUGACAAAGUCAAGAAUCAGAAAUUUUGAAGAUAAAGGUUUAGUAAACCAAACAGAACAAUAUAAGGGUAUCCAAAGUUUGUGUUAUGUGGAGAAAUGACUAUUUUUGUUUUAAUAUCCCACAAAAUAUAGGCUGGCACUAUGUUGUACAUCAUAACUUGAUUGAACAAAUUGUAUGGAUAUUUACAUAUUGUAUAAACUUGUUUAAAUCCUUUCAGUAAUGAAAUCUCAGCUUUUAGAGCAUGCAACAAUUUUCUUUAAUAUAGCAGGAUUCUUCACUGUGUGGUCUCAAUGAAUAGAAGUUAAGAAACGUGGAAAUAAAGUUCUUCCAAAAUGCUAUUAUUGUUAUUGAUA